AUGGUCUGGAUUCCUGGGUUUUCCAUCAACCCCAAGAAGGUCUUGGUCACAUGCUAGAUGUCUAGUAAACAACUCCAGGCUUCCACAGACCUAUUCAUCAAACAGUUCAAGUGGCACAAGAUUGUGGUUGUGGGAUCAGUCAUUGCAAUUUGGAUCUUGUAUAUCAGGGUUACCUGGCCUGACAGUGCUGCCCCUCUGCCCCCAAGGCCCCACCCUGCCCGCAAAUCCUCUGGCUCUCUCCUAGCCCAGGAGUUCUCAAACCUGACCCACCUUCUGCACUGGCCUCUGACCCCAGGAGAUGAGGGGGACCUUUUGGCCUCCACCAGCCCUGAGACCUCCACCUACCACCUGAGAAGUCCUGUUCGGGCCAACUAUGCCCUGGGAGGCUACCUGGAGGCCAUCCUUGUGGCCAGAGACUAUCUGGGCAGGCCCAAGACCCAUGGUGGGGAUCUGUUUCGGACAAAGCUGUUGAGUCCCUACUUGAAGGCAGGGGUCCCUGGGAAUGUCCAGGACCUGGAGAAUGGCACAUACCUGCUGUCCUUCCCCCUUUUCUGGGCUGGGCAGGCCCAGGUGCAAGUUCGGCUAAUCCACUCCAGUGAGGCAGUUGGGGUUCUGCGAAGAAUCUGGAGAGACCAAUGGGCCACAGUUGAUUUCAUGGGCUAUUUUCGGGGACCAACAGGAUAUGAAGAAACUGUGACUUGCAAUAUUAACCCCCUGUUAAUUGGAGAGGAAGAGUCUACCUGUCACUACAGGGAUGAAGAUUCAGGGGAGCUCUGGUUCUGCGCUCGACCUCCCACCCUGCCCUGUGACUCACUGGUGGGACAUUCAAGUGGACAUUACCGGAAUGUGACCACACCACAUGAAGAGGCCCUGCUGGGGUGGAAUGUGACAGACAAGGUCCUCUCUCAGGCUAUUUCUCCAAUCUGGGUGGCCAAGGAGAGCAACAGGAGUCUGGUGUUGUCCCCCAAGCAACUGUGCCGUCCUGGGAUACCGAGCCCAAAGCCUUCUGGCUUCUUCCACCGAGGAGUGUGGCACUCGCUGUCCUGCUCCAGCCGCUCCUUCCCCACUGUUGACAGCAUCCUGGACUGCCUGGCUGGUCGCGUGGUCCACAUGAUGGGGGACUCCACGCUUCGCCAGUGGUGGGAGUAUCUGCGUGACACUGUGCCUUCCCUGAAGCCCAUGGAUCUACACACCACAUAUCAGACAGGGCCCCUAAUGGCUGUAGAGACCACUCGGAACAUAGUGCUGCACUGGCGGGCCCACAGAUGGCCCCUGCGCUCCCCCCGCACACCAGUCGCCUCCCUGCACUCCGUGGUCCGGGAGCUGAGGGGCCUGGCCGGGGGCCCCCACACUGUGGUGGUGCUCGGGCUGGGCGCCCACUUCACCACCUUCCCUCCAUCCACUUUUGUGCGACGACUGGCAGGGAUCCGGGAAGCUGUGGCUGCGCUGCUGGCCCGAGAGUCUCGCACUCUUGUGGUCAUCAAACUGGCCAACACCGGCUACAAGUCCGUGUAUGGCAGUGACUGGUUCACCCUGCACGUGAAUCGGCUCCUCCGAGCUGCCUUUGCAGACCUCCGUGUGGCCUUUGUGGAUGCCUGGGAAAUGACCUCCAGCCUGGCCCUGCCCGACAGCAUCCACCCAGGGCGGCUCAUUGUCCGCAAUGAGGUGGACUUCCUCCUCUCCUUCAUCUGCCCCGCCUGA